GUAAUGAAGAAUCAGUUCUCUCUCUCUCUCUCUCUCUCUCUGUCUCACACACACAUACACAGACACACACACUGAACUUGUAAACAGUUUAUGGUCACAGCUCUUCAGAAGUUGCACCAUCAUGUUGCGUGGUUUCAUUCUCCUGCUGUUUUGGGGGUUCUCCUCCUCUUCUACCAUAACACUUCUCCUGGGCUCGCAGUUUAAGAUUCAGUGUUAUCCUGAAUCUGACCUGAUGUUUAUGGAGUACGCGUGGAGCUUCUCGAACCAGCUGGACGAAGACAAAAUCCACUUUUCUUCACUCAAUCACACGGGAGAAGAGCUGGAGCUGAACCCAGUGGUUCGGAACCAUGCUGGAACGUAUAAGUGUAUGGUUAAGGGCACUUCUGACAAGGGAAUGAUGAAGGUGAAGAGGAUUUUCAAAAUCUCAGUCAUCGAGAAGCUCUCGAUCACAACAUGGAAGCUCAUUGACGGUGAUGAGGGAGAAAAAAUCAGGCUUCCGUGCUCUUCCUCAUCUAGUGACACCACCGAUUCUGCUGAGGUCAAGUGGUUCAAGGUCAAGGAAACAGGAAAUAGUUAUGAACUUCACGAGCUCCAUCCUGCUGUAAGAAUCCAGAGAGACGUUAAAGAGGAGGAUACUACAACCCCAAGCGGCCGGGUUUACUGGAGUUCUGACCCUAAGCAGUUGGACUGGUCCAUCGAGAUCGAUAAUCUGGAACUGGACGAUGAAUCUCUCUACCAGUGUGACAUCAUGGAGUCAGUGAAGGAAUCUGUGUUAAUGGAGCUCACAGUGAAACCGAUCCCGCCCUCUCGUUGUUUACACCAUUCACAGCCCUGGGAGGUGUGUCCUGAUCAUGACAGCCGGUCGUCGGAGGCGAUCCUGCGCGAGUCUGUGACCGAGUUCUCACUUAACCUCUACAAAAAAUUCAACACGAUCGACUCUGAAAGGAACCUGCUCUUCUCACCACUCAGUAUCACCAUGGUGCUCUCUCAACUGCUGCUGGGAACUCGAGGAGAGACGAGAACCGAGCUGGAGCAAGGUCUUUCCCUGCCCUCUGAUUUCUCCUGCGUUCACUCUGAAAUGAAGAAACUGAGCAGCAGGAUGAAGGAUUCGGUUCUCAUAGCCAAUCAGAUGCUUGUUAACCCAGAGCUUAAAUUCCAUGAAGCUUACAUCAACCAAACACGGGAGUUCUACGACUCCGUGCCCCAAAAACUGACCAAUGACAGUGAAGCCAAUGUGAAGCUGAUCAACUCCUGGGUCGCGAGCAAGACACAGAACAGGAUAACGAAGCUGGUGGAGUCGGUAGAUCCGUCAGCCGAGUUUAUUUUACUCAACGCUGUUUACUUCAUCGGUAAAUGGAAAGGAACGUUUCAAGUUACAAAUAAAUACUUUACCACACUUUCUGGGAAUAUGCUGUCUGUCCCGACUCUCUACAGCUCCAACUUCAAUCUGGCCACAAAUUACAAUCCAGAACUCAAAGCCUAUGUGGGCAAAUUCACUCUGACGGGGAAGAACAGUCUGUACAUCCUGCUGCCCGCUUCUGAGGGUGAAAAAGGGCUGCAGACCUUGGAGGCCCAGCUGACCGACACUAACAUCAGAGCAAUGGUGAAGGAGAUGGCCACCGUGGUUCCCACGCAGUCUGAAGUCUCGCUGCCGAAAGUGAAGCUGCUGGUCAACACCAAUCUCUUCAAGCUGCUGAAGAAACUCGGUCUGCAAGAAUUAUUUUCUGACCCUAACCUGUGUGGAAUGAUUGACCAGAGCAGCUCCAUGCCUCUGAGUGAAGCUCGGCACUGCGCGUUCCUCUCCCUGACGGAGAAAGGCGUGGAAGCUGCGGCUGGCAGCAGCGUCUCGUACUCUCGCUCCUUCACCAAUUUCAACGCCAUGCGUCCGUUCGUCCUGCUGGUGUUUAACGAGGAGGUCAACAUUCCUCUGUUCCUGGGGAAAGUUCUUCAUCCAGACCAGAUAGAUUAAAAGCAGAGCUCUUUUCUGUGUGCUGAGAAUAAUUACACAUGAGAACAAAGCAUGAAGGUUCUGAGCAGAAACGUGACAGAAAUAAUUACUGUGACCAUCCUCAUAUAUCACACACACACAGCAUUCACAAUAAAGGCUAUCAAACCGAA